AUGGCACCCGUAUCAAUGCCUUCAGCGCUCACCUUUGAGUUGCUGGGGAAGUGCUCAGUGACCAAAGCACGCGCCGCAACGCUGCAUCUGCCUCAUGGCCCUGUACCCCUCCCCAUCUUCAUGCCCGUUGCGACGCAGGCUUCCCUCAAAGGCCUCACGCCAGAUCAACUAGAAGACCAGGGAUGUCGGCUAUGCUUGAACAACACAUACCAUCUAGGUCUGAAGCCAGGACAGGCGACACUUGAUGCCAUAGGCGGCGCGCACAAGCUGCAGUCAUGGCCACACAAUAUCCUUACAGAUAGCGGUGGCUUCCAGAUGGUAUCGCUACUCAAACUCGCCAAAGUCACCGAGGAAGGCGUCCGGUUCCUCAGUCCCCACGAUGGGUCACCCAUGCUGCUCACGCCCGAACACUCAAUAUCCCUCCAGAACUCGAUCGGGUCCGACAUCAUUAUGCAACUCGACGACGUUAUCGCGACCACCUCGCCCGAUCAUGCGCGUAUGAAGGAAGCCAUGGAACGUUCGGUACGCUGGCUUGACCGCUGUAUACAAGCGCACAAAAACCCAGAGAAGCAGAACCUCUUCUGCAUUAUACAAGGAGGCUUAGACCUAGACAUGCGACGGGAAUGUACGGCUGGAAUGGUCGCGCGAGACACGCCAGGCAUUGCGAUAGGAGGCUUGUCUGGUGGUGAGGAAAAAGCGGCUUACUGUGACGUCGUCAAGACAUGCACCGAUCUGCUACCUGAGAAGAAGCCUCGAUAUGUCAUGGGCGUGGGCUACCCAGAAGAUUUGGUCGUAUCCGUGGCACUUGGCGCGGACAUGUUCGACUGCGUUUGGCCAACCCGCACGGCUCGUUUUGGCAACGCCAUUACUGCCCACGGUGGCCUCAACCUACGCAACGCCGCUUACUCUGAAGAUUUUGGCCCUAUCGAGGAAGGUUGUAAAUGCACCUGCUGCCGUCCAAUGUCCGAAGGCGGACUUGGUAUCACGAGGGCAUACAUCUAUCAUGUUACCGCCAAAGAGACCGCCGGAGCGCAUCUUCUUACAAUGCACAAUGUGCACUACCAGCUCAAUUUGAUGAAAGAGGCAAGAGAGGCCAUCAUACAAGAUCGAUACCCGCAGUUCGUCAAAGACUUCUUUAGCAAGUUGCACAACGGAGAGAAGGACAAGUACCCUCAAUGGGCAGUCGAUGCGCUUCGAGGUGUUGGCGUAGAUCUGCUUAGCUAG